AUGGACUCUCCUCAAUCUCAGAGUCGCACCAUAAACCGUCUCGCUCUCUACCAACAGCAACUCCAAACCCCUGCCUCUAUAACUCCAACAACUCCAACUCCAAGCCAACAACCAACCAUGGCCGCCCGUGAUCCUAUAACCUGUCACUGCCUCAAUACUCUCACUGGAACUCCAGCCGCCAACCUCCCCGUCAUAUUGACGUUGUUAUCUGCACCCGCAUCGCCCUCUAGCCCCGUCACAUUCCACGCAGUCACAAAUGCCGACGGUCGUGUUGCAAAGUGGACAUCCGCAACAUCAUCUGAUAGUGUUCCUGAGAUCCUGUCUGCACUACCUUCAGCAGAGAGCAAGACCAGUUGGUCUGUUCGCUUUGAGGUUGGACCCUGGUACGAGUCCCAGGGUGUUGAGAGCUUCUGGCCUGAGGUGGAGGUUAAAUUCACUGUGAAAGGCCGUGGCCGUGAAGGAGAGGAGGACUGGCGGCACUACCAUGUGCCUGUUUUGCUGGGUCCCUGGAACUAUUCGACCUACCGAGGAUCAUGA